AUGCGGAGCUUGCUGGAACAAGCCAAAAAUUCCUUAUCUAUGCAUUCACCGACUCCGCCAGUACCGCCACCCCCUCCACAGCCAGACAAUAUGCAAAGCACACUUAAAAAAAUUAAUCUGGUACGGUUUCAACAUUGCGACGGCGAUCAUCACUUUGACAGGGGGUAUCUGUUUGACAGCGGUGAUCUCUGUGACAAAUGGUUGCGGAGAUUUGAAAGGCAAGCAAGAUUCGCCGAAGAAAUGAGUUAUCGUACCCCCCCCCAUGUGCUCCAACCCGUAGUUGUGUCAAUGGUUCUUGCUUCCCUUCUUGCUAUGGUUCGCUGGCAACUCUCUGCCUAG